AUGGGGUUCGACUGGUCCGCAGAUGACGUCCGGGAUCACGGCGGGCGUUUCCGAGCUCAGCAUCGCGUCCUCCACGAAGGGCGUCAUGAAGUCUGCGCAGACGUCGAAAUUGAACGGGUCGUCGGCCCUCUUGGGAGGACCCGGCUCUCGGUCCAGUUCCGCCGGGGGGGGGGGGGGGGGGUCGGCGUCAUGGGCGUCGUCGUCGACUUUGUCAGCUGUCUGUCCGGCGGCGUCAUGCGUCUCAUCGAGACCUCCGUCGUACUCGAUGACGUCUCCCUCCACCACGUCAUCAACGCCCUCACCAAUCUGAGCCAGGAAACUAUGGAAAUCGCUUAUUCCAAUCGGGAACCUUCCCUCUUCGCAGUGGCCAAGCUGUUGGAAAUCGGUCUGGUGAACCUGGACCGGGUAGAAAUCUACUGGCGGCCUUUGACGAACCACCUCCUGGAAGUGUGUCGUCACCCGCACAUCCGAAUGCGGGAGUGGGGCUCGGAAGCCAUCACCUUCCUGGUCCGCUCCGCCCUGCUGCACGAGGAGAGCAAGGAGGACAAGGUGGCCGGCCUGCUCCUCAGCUCCCUAUGCGAACUCUCCUCCGUCCCCCGCAACCAGGGAAAAUGAGAUUCUAAAGGAAGAACUGUAGUAACUUGGGCGGUGAAGCCGCAUUGAGAGACACGAGAGCCGGUAAUAUUCGUCUAAUUUUAUUUUGUCCAGCCUCUUUUUCCACCACCGUCACCACUUUGCUUCAGUUUUUUGGCAGCCAGCCACCACCAUGCUUUAUGUACUCCUCCGCUCCAAAUCAGUUCACCAUAUGCUUGCUCUCUUGCAUAAAAUUUGUGUUUACAUUUCUCACUACAAUUAAAUUUGUAAAAAUAAUUACCCUAGUGGUUUUUGUAAUUACUAUCAACAUGACAAAUGCAUAAAAUGCUAUUGGAAUUGC